AUGGGGAGGGAGGGGUUUAUGGCACUUAAGUUGGACAUGAGCAAGGCUUAUGAUCGGGUGGAGUGGGGCUUUUUACAGGCUAUGUUGAGGAGAUUAGGAUUUGAUGAGCAUGUGGCCUCAGGACAACAAGUCAAUCUACAGAAGUCCUCUAUAUUUUUCAGCGCUAAUAUUGUCAAUGAGGUGAGGCAACAUCUGGGUUCUAUGUUGGGAGUGAAUGAGGCACGUGAUGAUAGCACAUAUUUGGGUUUGCCAAAUAUUGUGGAUCGUAAUAAAACGGCCUUACUUGGGUUCUUGAAGGAUAAAAUGCGUAAAAGGAUUCAAGGUUGGGAAGGAAGAUUGCUUUCUAGAGCAGGGAAGGAGUUGUUAAUAAAAACUGUGGCUCAAUCUCUUCCUAGUUAUGCAAUGAAUGUGUUUUUGCUACCUGUGGAAACUUGCAAUGAGAUGGAGCAAUUGAUGUGUAAGUUUUAG